UACGUCCUUAGCUGGGGCAUCAAUUUGUUUAUUUAAUCCCUGUACUUUUUAUAAAAAUGUUAUUUGUGGCCCAUCAUGAAUAUAUAGAUAAUCGCCACAAUUAAUAAUGCAAUGAAGAUAAGAUGACAAUUGAGAUAAGAGGGAAUGAACCUUAAGAUAUUUUUACAUUCCAAACACUCAAACAGGGAGGAUCAUUUCUGAUCGAGUAUGUUUUCUGGUUUCUUUCGUCAUGCUCUCAGUAUUCUCUUGCUCUUUAACUUGAUCUUGGUUUUCUUCGGACUAGUAUUUAUUGCUUAGGAUUUGGAAUAGUGACAAGUAAAGACAAAUCACAACUCACGGUCAUCCAAUUCCAAGAAUAGAGUUUUGGUUCUGUGCUUGGUUUCAUCCUCGGAAGGAUUUCCCAAAGCAAAGUGGUGGUGCCACGCCACAGUGGUCAACUUUUGAGUGCGUGUGGUUUGGUUUAUUGCUUACGAUUUGGAAUAGUGACAAGUAAAGACAAAUCACAACUCACAGUCAUCCAAUUCCAAGAAUAGAGAGAUGUAGUUAUAGUAUCAAGCUGACAGAAUGGAGUCUGUGUUGUCCCCGAUAGUGGAACGAACCUUUAAUUUUGCGGUGGACCCCAUUAUUCGGCAGUUGGCCUACAUCCUCCGUUGCAGGCAAAAUGUUGAUGAACUCUUGACUAGUUUUGAGAGUCUUGAACUUGAAAAAGAGUCCAUAGAUCGUCGAUGUGACCAAGCUCAGAAUAAUUUACAAAACAUUGAAGCCAAAGUCAAAGAAUGGUCAAGGAAAGUAGAUGAGUUCAAGACUGAACUAGAGAAGUUUAGGAACGAUGAAGGCCACACAAAGACAGGGUUGUCCAAUGUUUUAUUUUUAUUUCCUUACUUUUGGAAUAGGCAUAGACUUGGCAGACAAGCUAAGAAGAUGGCAGAGAUUGUCAAGAAUCUAAUAGAUGAGUCGGCCAAGUUCAAUGAUGUUUCCUACACAGACAACUUAACAUCUAAUGAUUUCACUUUGUCUAAUCCGGGCUACAUGGGAUUUGCUUCUAGACAUUCUACAGUGGAAAAAAUAAUUGCAAAACUUGAAGAUUCCUCUGUAAGAAUGAUUGGGCUGCAUGGGAGUGGUGGCAUGGGUAAGACCACUUUAAUCAAAGCAAUUGCUAAGAAAGCUAUGGAGAAGAAGCUGUUUAAUGUGGUGGCUAUAUCAGAAAUCACAGCCAAUCCCAAUCCACAAAAAAUCCAGGAAGACAUUGCUUCUGCGUUAAGAUUGAGAUUGGAAGGGGAGGGUGAGAAUUCUAGAGCUCAUCGUCUGAUGACGAGAUUAAAGCAAGAGAAGGAGAACACCCUUAUAAUCUUGGAUGACCUUUGGGACAGAUUAGACUUGAAUAAGUUAGGGAUUCCACUUGAUGGUGAUGUUGAUGAUAAUGAUUUAAACACGAAGACAAGCAAUGCUAAACAGGGUCCCAAAGAGGCGACUAAAGAAAAAUCUCUUGGUGAUUAUAUGGGCUGCAAAAUUUUGCUAACUUCAAGGGAUAAAAACGUAUUAACUGAUAAAAUGGAAGUUAAGUCAACUUUCUAUGUAGAGGAAUUAGAUGACGAUGAUGCUCUGAGGUUGUUUCGGAAGGAGGCUAGAAUACAGGGUGAAAUGUCCCAGUGGAAACAAGAAAUUGUUAAGAAGUAUUGUGCUGGGUUACCUAUGGCAAUAGUUACAGUUGGAAGGGCAUUAAGAGAAAAGAGCGACUCGGAGUGGGAAAAACUUAAAAACCAAGACCUGGUGGGUGUUCAGAAUUCUAUGGAGAUUUCUGUAAAAAUGAGUUAUGACCGUCUAGAAAAUGAGGAGCUCAAGUCCAUUUUCUUUCUUUGUGCUCAAAUGGGUCAUCAACCCCUAAUUAUGGACUUGGUGAAGUAUUGCUUUGGUUUGGGAAUACUUAAAGGGGUCUACUCGCUUGGGGAAGCUCGUGGCAGAAUAUCUACAUCAAUCCAACAGCUGAAAAACUCAGGUUUGGUGUUGGAUGGAAGUUCUAGUAUUCAUUUCAAUAUGCAUGAUCUGGUUCGAGAUGCUGCUUUGUCUAUAGCACAGAAGGAGCAAAAUGUAUUUACUUUGAGAGAUGGGAAACUUGAUGAUUGGCCUGAACUCGAGAGGUGCACUUCUAUUUCUAUAUGCAACAGUGAUAUCAUUGAUGAGCUUCCAGAAGAAAUAAAUUGUCCUCAACUUAAAUUUUUUCAAAUUGACAGCGAUCCUUCAUCUUUAAAAAUACCCGACAGUUUUUUUAAAGGAAUGAAAAAGCUCAAAGUAUUAAUGUUGACUGGUAUUCAACUAUCAAGCUUACCAUCUUCAAUUGAAAGCCUAUCAGACCUCAGAUUGCUUUGUUUGGAGAGAUGCACUUUAGAUCACAACUUAUCCAUCAUAGGGAAGCUGAAAAAAUUAAGAAUUCUCAGCUUUUCUGGAUCUCGAAUUGAAAAUUUGCCAGGUGAGUUAAAGGACUUGGAUAAACUACAAUUACUAGACAUCAGCAAUUGUUCAGUAGUCAAAAGAAUUCCGCCUAAGUUUAUGUCAAGGUUGACUUCGUUGGAAGAGUUGUAUGUAAGAAAGAGCUUCAUCGAAGUGUCGGUGGAAGGAGAGAGAAACCAUUGUCAAAUUUCGUUUCUUUCUGAACUAAAGCAUUUGCAUCAAUUGCAUGUGGUGGACUUAAGCAUUCCAUGUGCCCAAUUUUUUCCCAAGGAAUUGUUCUUUGACAAGUUAAAUGAUUACAAGAUUGAGAUUGGGAACUUCAAAACGCUUUCAGUUGGAGAUUUCAGGAUGCCUAAUAAGUAUGAAAAGUUCAAAUCUUUGGCAUUGGAGCUGAAGGAUGACACUGACAAUAUUCACUCUCAGAAAGGAAUAAAGUUGUUGUUUAAAACAGUUGAAAAUUUGUUGUUGGGAGAGCUGAAUGGUGUUCAAGAUGUUAUUAAUGAGUUGAAUUUGGAUGGAUUUCCACAUCUGAAACACUUAUCCAUCAUAAACAACCCUAGCAUCAAAUAUAUCAUCAACUCAAAGGAUUUGUUUUAUCCUCAGGAUGUUUUUCCCAAGUUGGAAUCUCUAUGUCUCUACGAACUAAGAAAGAUAGAGAUGAUAUACUUUAGUUCAGGUACAGAGAUGAUAUGUUUUAGUCCAUUUACAGAUUGCUCAUUCACCAAAUUAAAAACCAUCAAGGUCGAGAAGUGUGACCAAUUGAAGAAUCUUUUCUCCUUUUGCAUGGUUAAAUUGCUUGCGAGUCUUGAAACAAUUGGUGUCUCCAAUUGUGGUUCUUUAGAGGAGAUCAUUAAAAUACCUGACAAUUCUGAUAAGAUUGAGUUUCUUAAGUUGAUGUCUUUGUCACUUGAAUCAUUAUCAUCAUUCACUAGUUUUUAUACCACAGUAGAGGGGUCUUCUACAAACAGGGAUCAGAUACAAAUUACUGUUAUGACUCCUCCUCUUUUUGGUGAACUGGUUGAAAUACCAAACUUAGAGAACUUGAAUUUAAUCUCAAUGAACAAGAUCCAGAAGAUAUGGAGCGACCAGCCCCCGUCAAACUUCUGCUUUCAAAACUUAAUAAAAUUAGUUGUGAAAGAUUGUCAUAAUUUGAGAUAUUUGUGUUCAUUGUCCGUGGCCAGCAAUUUGAGGAAACUGAAAGGCCUGUUUGUAAGCAAGUGUAAAAUGAUGGAGAAGAUUUUUAGCACAGAAGGAAAUAGUGCAGACAAGGUCUACGUCUUUCCUAAGUUGGAGGAAAUCCACCUCAACGAAAUGGAUGAGUUAACAGACAUAUGGCAAGCUGAAGUGAGUGCUGAUUCCUUUUCUAGUGUCACUUCUGUGAACAUUGAUAGUUGCAAUAAACUAGACAAAAUUUUUCCGAGUCACAUGGAAGGAUGGUUUGCGAGUUUGAACAGCUUGAAGGUUUAUUAUUGUCAGUCAGUGAAAGUGAUUUUUGAAAUCAAAGAUUCUCAGCAAGCAGAUGCAUCUGGUGGGAUAGACACAAAUUUACAGGUUGUUGAUGUAUGUGGACUCCCAAAGUUGGAGCGGGUGUGGAGCAGGGAUCCAGGAGGAAUUCUUAACUUCAAAAAACUGCAGAGUAUACAUGUGUUUUCUUGUCAUAGACUGAGGAAUGUAUUUCCAGCUUCUGUGGCUAAAGAUGUUCCAAAGCUUGAAAAUAUGUCGGUCAGACGGUGUGAUGGAAUUGUGGAAAUUGUUGCCUGUGAAGAUGGAUCCGAAACAAACACUGAACAAUUAGUGUUUCCUGAACUAACCUACAUGGACCUAUAUGAGCUAUCAAGCAUCCAACAUUUCUACAGGGGGAGACAUCCUAUAGAGUGUCCAAAAUUGAAGAAGUUGUCAGUAGGGAAAUGUAACGAGAAGCUAAAAACAUUCGGAACCGGAGAAAGGAGCAAUGAAGAAGAUGAAGCAGUUAUGUCAGCUGAAAAGAUAUUCCCCAACUUGGAGUAUUUGGAUAUUGACUUUGACGAAGCACAGAAGUGGUUAUUGAGCAACACUGUGAAGCAUCCAAUGCACCGUUUAAAAGUGCUUUCGUUAUGCAAAGUUAAUGAUGGUGAACGUCUCUGUCAAAUUCUGUACAGAAUGCCAAAUCUAGAAAAGUUAGGCUUGACGGAAGCUGAACAUUUGCUUCAAGAGUCGUCGGAGUCACGUUUGGGAACCGUAUUACAGCUGAAGGAAUUGUAUUUGUGGUUGUCGAAGAUAAAGGGUAUAGGAUUUGAACGAGAACCAGUUCUACAGAGACUAGAGCUUUUGAGCUUAUCUGAGUGCCAUAUAUUGAGGAAUUUGGCUCCUCCCUCGGUAUCAUUGGCUUACUUGACAAAUUUGAAAGUAGAGGAUUGUAAAGGAUUAAGGAAUUUAAUGGCAUCCUCAACGGCAAAAAGCUUGGUUCAACUUAAGUCCAUGAAGAUAAGCGAAUGUGAUGAAUUAGAGGAAAUAGUAAGCAAUGAGGGAAAUGAAGAAGCAGAGCAAAUAGUGUUUGGCAAAUUGAUUACUAUAGAACUUGAGGGGCUCAAAAAGCUAAAAAGUUUUUGCAGUUACAAGAACUAUGAAUUCAAAUUCCCGUCAUUGGAAGUAUUGAUUGUGAGAGAAUGCCCAUUGAUGCAAAGAUUCACGGAGGGUGGCGCAAGAGCACCAAAGUUACAAAACAUAGUUACUGCUAAUGAAGAAGGAAAAGAGGAAGCCAAAUGGCAGUGUGAAGGAGACUUGAAUGCCACCAUACAAGAAGGUUUCAACAAGCGUUUGCAGUCUGCAAGUACUGCAUCAUCUCUUAGUCUCAGAGAUAGCCCACUACAAGUGAUAUGGCUUGACUCACGGUGGAUCCCAAAGUCGUGCUUCAGUAAGUUGAACUCUUUGACUGUGGAUGGAUGCCAAUUUUUAACCGAUGUUGUCAUACCCUUCUAUUUACUUCCUUUGUUAACUAAUUUGGAAGAAUUAAAAGUCCGAAAGUGUGGUUCUGUGAAAAGCAUAUUUGACGUGAAAACAACUACGGGAUUGGGAGCAGCAGCCUUCCCUAGACCUCUCCCUUUUUCCCUCAAGAAAUUGACUUUAGAGAGGCUGCCAAAACUGGAGAAUGUCUGGAAUGAAGAUCCUCAUGGAAUUCUAACCAUGCAACUUCUACAACAUGUUAUUGUUGCAGAGGAUAAUGCAGAUCCAAGAGAAGCAAAUCUGGAGCUUACGUUCCCUUGUCCCUGUGUGAGGUCAUUGAAACUACAAGGUUUGCCCAAGUUCAAGUAUUUUUACUACUGCUCACUGCAGUGUGACAUGUUCCAGACACCUACCGAGGAUGAAAUGCCUACAUCCAACUUACAGUGCCUGUCACUCGGUGAAAUAGGACUGGAGAUGAUCAAGCGUGGAGAAUUUCAGACAAACUUCUUACACAAGUUACAAGUUCUUACUCUGUGCUUUCAUAUUGGGUCGAAUGUAUUUCCAUAUGAAAUUCUACAACUGGCGCCCAAUAUAGAGAAGCUUGUGGUGUGUGAUGGUUCCUUCAAGGAGAUUUUCUGCUUUGAUAGUCUUAAUGUGGAUGAGGCUGGACUCCUAUUACAGCUCAAAGUCUUAUGCUUGGAGUCCCUUCCAGAGCUUGUUUCCAUUGGGUUAGAGAACUCUUGGAUUCAGCCCUUACUGGGAAAUCUAGAAACCUUGGAAGUAAUAGAUUGUUAUAGUUUAAAAUACUUGGUACCAUGUACAGUGUCUUUCUCCAAUCUGACAUAUUUGCAAGUACAAGAUUGCAACAGCCUGCUAUAUUUGUUGACAUCCUCAACAGCAAGAAGUUUGGGUCAACUCAAAAGAAUGGAGAUAAAAAGGUGUUAUUCAAUUGAAGAGAUAGUCUCUAAGGAGGGGGAUGAAUCACAUGAGAAUGAAAUUAUAUUUCCGCAGCUCAAUUGUUUGAAACUUGAAGGAUUACCAAAGCUGAGAAGCUUCUAUAAAGGAAGUUUAUUAAGUUUCCCAUCAUUGGAGGAAUUGUCAGUAAUCUAUUGCGAGUGGAUGGAAACAUUAUGUCCAGGUACCCUAAAAGCAGACAAGUUGGUUCAACUUCAACUUGAACCAACUUGGAGGCACUCAGAUCCUAUCAAAUUGGAAAAUGACCUGAACUCUACCAUGCGGGAGGCAUUUUGGAAAAAGUUAUGGAAGUCUGCAGAUCGGAGAUUCAAGAUUGACCUCAAAGAUAGCCCAGUACAAGAGAUAUGGCUUAGGCUUCACUCACUGCAUAUCCCCCCACACUUCUGCUUCCCUAAGUUACACACCUUGAUUGUGGACGGCUGCCAUUUUUUAUCAGAUGCGGUCUUACCCUUCUCUUUACUUCCUUUAUUACCUGAAUUGGAAACAUUGGAGGUUCGAAACUGUGAUUUUGUGAAAAUCAUAUUUGAUGUGACAACUAUGGAACCACUCCCUUUUGCCCUCAAGACAUUGAUUUUAGAGCGGCUGCCAAAUCUGGAGAAUGUUUGGAAUUCAAAUGUUGAGCUUACGUUCCCCCAAGUCAAGUCAUUGGCACUCUGUGAUCUGCCAAAGUUAAAGUAUGACAUGUUGAAGCCAUUUACACAUCUAGAACCACAUGCUCUAAAUCAAGUCUGUAUUCAAAAGCUUACACCCAACAUAGAGCACCUGACACUCGGUGAACAUGAACUCAACAUGAUUUUGCGUGGAGAAUUCCAGGGAAACCACUUAAACGAGUUAAAAGUUCAUGCUCUGUUCUUUCAUAUUGAGUCCGAUGUAUUUCUACAACGGGUGCCCAAUAUAGAGAAGCUUGAGGUGUGUGAUGGUUCCUUCAAAGAGAUUUUCUGCUUUGAUAGUCAUAAUGUGGAUGAGGAUGGAUUGGUUUCACAGCUGAAAAUGAUAUGCCCGGACUCCCUUCCAGAGCUUGUUUCCAUUGGGCCAGAGAACUCUGGGAUUGUGCCCUUUCUCAGAAAUCUAGAAACAUUGCAAGUAAUCAGCUGUUUCAGUUCAAUAAAUCUGGUACCAUGCACAGUGUCUUUCUCCAAUCUGACAUAUUUGCAAGUAUACCGUUGCAAGAGUCUGCUAUAUUUGUUCACAUCCUCAACAGCAAGAAGUUUGGGUCAACUCAAAACAAUGAAGAUAAGUAACUGUGAUUCAAUUGAAGAGAUAGUGUCUUCAACAGAGGAAGGGGAUGAAUCAGAUGAGAAUGAGAUAAUAUUUCAGCAGCUCAAUUGUUUGAAACUUGAAGUAUUAAGAAAGCUGAGAAGGUUCUACAAAGGGAGUUUAAGUUUCCCGUCCUUGGAGGAAUUCACAGUAUUGUAUUGCGAGAGGAUGGAAAGUUUGUGUGCAGGUACAAUCAAAACAGACAAGCUGUUACUAGUCAAUUUUCUGUCACCUCAGCUUAACUUUGGAUAUGAUAUCCCAUUGGAAACUGAUCUGAACUCUGCCAUGCAAAAUCGAUAGGCAUUUCUGGCAAGGGAUAUGACUCCAAUAUUGCACUUAGAGGAGAUUGAUUCACCAAGAAAAAAUGGUUAGAGGAGAUGAACAAAUUAAGACCUUUUUCAUGAGUCUACGUCAAUGCCGCUUUCAGGAUUUGACAUUUCAUUUUCAAACGUGAAUUCGACACUAGUACACACUUAAGUGUUUAUUUACUCCAGAUUAUUAAAUAAUUUACCUGUUAAUAUAAUUUUUGCUCUAAAAAGCAAAUUAAGAUUACUUUGGUUCCUAGCUAAGAGAUAAGCUAGUUAGUGUGUGUUGAGGAAUACAAUUAAUUGAAAAAGUGAAAUUUGAUUA